AUGUCCCCUCCAUUCCAGGCCGCCGCUCGCCCCAGCGCCUCUGCCCUCGGCAGCAGCGCGGCCCCGCAGGCUGGACAGACACGGGCAGGGUCACACAGGGCGCCGGGGCCCGCAGCGCUGACCCAGGCCCAGGCGGAGGGCGCGGAGCCCUCCCCGAGGGGCAGCGCCGAGGCCGGCGCCGGCCGCGGCCCGGCUGCAGGCCGGGGCGGGGGCCGUGCCCGGGCCGCACGGAGCCGCUGCAGCCGGCAGGUGGCAGGGCAGCCCCGCGCCUCGCCCGGCCCGGCCCGGCCCGCGGCGGCGCUUCCCGGGCGGGGAAAAGCCUUUGUGUUCCGCAGCCCGGCGGAGCGCAGCGCCUGCCCCCGGCAGCCCGAGCGGCGGCGGAGAGGGGGCUCCCGCUCCCGGGGGACGCCGCUUUCCCACGGGGGAGCGGGCUGCGGCUGCUGCUCGGCCCUAUCCGCAGCUGCCCUCUUGAACGGAGCCACGGGCAGCUGGGAGCCCAUGUCAGCGUGCCGGGUGCUGUGA